CAGAGCGAAGCAAGAUAAAACCGGUUCACAACCGGUUGUAGCGUUGCCCGAGACUGGUGUGGAAAUGUGCAGACUUAACACUGUCAGUAUGACUUUCCUGGAGCCUAAUCAAGAGAUCAUCAUCAUUGGUCCUUAGCAGCACCUAACCAGUUGGUUGGCUGCUGUACUGCACGAUAUCAAGACGGCAGGGGAAAAGCAGGCGCAGCGGUCGACAACGCACCUGCAGGAUUCAUCCACCACAUCACUGUCAAAGAUGGAGUUGGCAAUGGCUCACCCGGCUCUCAAAGCCUUCAUGUGUGGCUCCCUCAGUGGCACCUGCUCCACCCUGCUGUUCCAGCCUCUGGACCUGGUGAAGACCCGCCUGCAGACGCUGCAGAACACCAUGCACCCGGGAGCACCAAAGGUUGGGAUGAUGACUGUGUUUAUCAACGUCAUCCGGACAGAGAACUUCCUCGGUCUGUGGAAGGGAGUGUCACCGUCGUUUGUGCGCUGCAUCCCCGGGGUGGGCAUCUACUUCAGCACCUUCUACUCCCUGAAGCAGCACUUCUUCCUGGAGCGGGCGCCCAACGCCGGCCAGGCCGUGCUGCUGGGGGGCGGGGCGCGCGCCGUGGCCGGUGUCUGCAUGCUGCCCGUCACCGUCAUCAAGGCCCGCUUCGAGAGCGGCCGGUACAACUACGUGAGCGUGGUGGGAGCCCUGAGGAGUGUGUGUGAGACGGAGGGCCCCAGGGCUCUGUUCUCCGGCCUCACGGCCACUCUGCUCAGGGACGCUCCCUUCUCCGGCAUCUACGUCAUGUUCUACAGCCAGGCCAAGAAGUCCCUGCCCCAGGAGGUGAGCUCUGCGCCCUACGCCCCCCUGGUGAACUUUGGCUGCGGGGUGGUGGCCGGGGUCCUGGCCUCCCUGGUCACCCAGCCCGCCGACGUGGUCAAGACGCACAUCCAGGUCAGCCACGCCCACUGGACCACCAGAGACGCCAUUCGCUACAUCUACACGGAGAAAGGCCUGAAAGGGUUCUUCCGGGGGGCGGUGCCUCGCUCUCUGAGGCGGACGCUGAUGGCCGCCAUGGCGUGGACCGUCUACGAGCAGCUGAUGGCGCGCAUGGGCCUCAAGUCCUGAGGAAGAGGAGGGGGAGGAAGAGGAGGAACAAGUAGAGCCAGAACGUGAACUGAUAGACGGACCGUGGUUCACUUAAUAUCCUGUGCAUGAGGAUGUAGGGAGGGGAAGGAGGUGUAGGUGAAACCUUUCUUUUUUUCUUCUCUCUCUCUGAGAGACUAAGUGACUUCUGAAACGCUCCCGAUAGAUGGCAGGAAAAGGUGAACGGACUCUCGAUGGACAUGGCCGGCGUGUGUUUUUAAGUGUGCGUCCGUACUUGUGUGAGUGUGGAUGUUUGAUGUGAACCCUCGCACUUGUGUCAACACAGACCUUAAGUGACAUUCCCCUUCUGCUGUGAAGUCAACUGACCCCCCCCUCUCUCACUCCUAUGUCUCACUCGUAUCUCUCACUCCUGUGUAUCACUCAUGUGUCUCACUCAUGUGUCUCACUCAUGUCUCUCACUCCUGUGUAUCACUCAUAUGUCUCACUCAUGUGUCUCACUCAUAUGUCUCCCUCAUAUCUCUCACUCCUAUCUCUCACUCCUAUCUCUCACUCCUAUCUCUCGCUCCUAUAUCUCACUCCUGUCUCUCUUAUUUGUCUCUUAUCUAUCUCUCUCCCUAUCUCUCCUAUCUCUCUCCAAUCUCUCUCACUCCUAUCUCUCUCUCUCACUCCUAUCUCUCUGACCUCUGUGGUACUCAGACGUCUGAGUACUGCAUAAAUCACUGAAGACCCUGUCACUGGCAUUGCCAGUGUGUUGAUAGCCUAACCGUAACCAGGUGGCGUUGAGAAACAGCCGAAACAACAAGGCGACUCAUUAGGUUACCUCAGCGAGCGGUCAGCUGACUACACACGAUGAGCACACCAAGUGUAGUGACUUGUCAGCUAAUUAAAGGAUUUAUUUAUUGACCUGCUGAUAAACAAUUUAUCUUUAAGCUUGGACAAUCAAUAUGACGCACAGUGCAGUGUGUUGUGACUGAAGGCCACAGUAGAGCCAUCAUUACACAACUAUGCUAAGCUAAACUGGCCUCAUAUCAACCUUACGGUAGUAAAUUCUACACACUAAAGGUGCAGUUGUAAAGCCCAAUGUGCUUUCCUUUCUAGAAAAGAUAGGCAGUCUAAUCUAGAAAUGCAAAUCGAAGCCAUUCUGGGAUAGGUUUAGAUAAAUAAUAAAGCAUGUUGCCAUCACAGCAAACCUGCAGAGGCAUCUCAGCAUGAAUGUUGAACAGGCGACUAAUGUGAGUGGAAGAAUCCAUGUCGAUGUUGGACAGCUGUGUAAUUGGUCGGCCUUUUGUAGUUAAUGUAAAUACUCAUUUCAGCAUCGACAAUACUUUAAUUGCAACAGACUGAACCCAUAUCUUUUUAACUUGGAUCACAUUGUGAUGUCAAAGAAAUGUGAUGACUUCAAAGAAGCUAUUGUAUUAUACACAUUUGUCUGCUUUGAAAAUAUCUAGGAACUGGAAAUGUGGACAUGGCUUCUCAGAAACUAGCGCUUCAUGGAUAAGAGUUGUUUUGGGUAGGAGAGGGUUCAUGACUUCAAAUCUGUUUGCCAAUACAAUUCCACAAUUCUACAAGCUGGUGUUAGUUAAGGAUGCUGGUUAGAUACAAUACCCUUUUGACUGCAAGUCCUGGAUAGAACUCUCGAAUGGGAGUGGAAACGCACUUUAGCAAUAGACGCACAUUCAUUAAUAUGUGAAGGCUGGUGGGGUGUGAGGGGUGGAGUGCUUGUCUGUUUUAGAAGUUUCCAACAGCCCUGGUGUCUUUUUUUGCAGUAUUGUAACACAAACUUCUUACCAAACUGUGCUGUGUGCCGUAACUGGAGACGUGUACAUGUUUGCCUUGCUGAUAACAAUUAUUAGCAGCCAUCAGUAUUGUCCUACAUGUGAUAUUGUGACUAUAUUUGGUCAUUGGUAUUGGAGAUAUUUUGUCCGUGCUUGUGGUUGCUCAGACCAACGUUGUGCCUGUUUAUGUGAAUAAAUUUUCCUUUUUUUUAAAGAAAAAU